GUGGCCCACGAAUCAGGUGGCUCGGGUCAGGUGACCGCUGUCCCGCCCUCACACAAAGUCUGCCCAGCCCGGGAGCCCGGCACACUCCGGAGCGACACCUGGCGCGAGGUUCACGCGUCCCGUGAGGUCCGUCCCCCGAGCCCCGGGGCGCUCUCAGUUCUGGGAAGCUGUGGACCAUGAGAAGGAAUUGGCUGAUUAUUUUUAUCCUUUUCUCCCUGAAGCUUGUGGAGAAAUGUGAGUCAACCGUCAGCCUCACCGUUCCUCCUGUUGUGAAGCUGGAAAAUGGCAGCUCGACCAACGUCAGCGUCACCCUUGGGCAUCCGUUAAAUACUAGCUUGGUGAUCACUUUGGAAGUCACCUUCCGUUCCAAAAACGUCACCAUCCUGGAGCUGCCUGAUGAAGUCGUGGUGCCUCCCAGAGAGACAAAUUCCACUUUUCAAGUGACGUCUCAAAAUGUUGGACAAGUCACCGUUUAUCUGCACCAAAAUAAUUCCAACCAGACCGGCCCCAGGAUCCUCUUCUCAGUGAUCCGCAGCAACACCAUCAGCAUCGUAAACCAGGUGAUCGGCUGGAUCUACUUUGUGGCCUGGUCUGUCUCCUUCUACCCGCAGGUGAUCAAGAACUGGAGGCGGAAAAGUGUUGUUGGUCUGAGCUUCGACUUCGUGGCCCUGAACCUGACAGGCUUUGUGGCCUACAGCGUGUUCAAUGUCGGCCUCCUGUGGGUGCCCUACAUCAAGGAGCAGUUUCUCCACAAAUACCCUAAUGGCGUGAACCCCGUGGACAAUAAUGACGUCUUCUUCAGCCUGCACGCAGUUGUCCUCACUCUGAUCGUCCUCGUGCAGUGCUGCAUGUAUGAGAGAGGCGGCCAGCGCGUGUCCAAGCCAGCCAUUGGCUUCCUGCUGCUCUCCUGGCUCUUCGCAUUCAUCACCAUGAUUGUGGCCGCGGUUGGGGCCACCAUGUGGCUGCAGUUUCUCUUCUGCUUCUCCUACAUCAAGCUCGCGGUCACGCUGGUCAAGUAUUUCCCACAGGCCUACAUGAACUUUUACUACAAAAGCACCGAGGGCUGGAGCAUUGGCAAUGUGCUCCUGGACUUCACCGGGGGCAGCUUCAGCCUCCUCCAGAUGUUCCUCCAGUCCUACAACAAUGACCAAUGGACCUUGAUCUUCGGAGACCCAACCAAGUUUGGACUUGGCGUCUUCUCCAUCUUCUUCGAUGUCGUCUUCUUCAUCCAGCACUUCUGCUUGUACAGAAAGAAACCGGGGUACGACCAGCUGAACUAGCGCCCAGGGACCUGGUGGGGAAGGCCUGGCCCAGUGAAGGCCAGAGGAGUGGGCUGGUGCGCAGAGCUGGCCAGUAUGCUGGCUGGAGGAGCACUUUCCCUGAGGGCCCAAGACCUUAAACUUGAACCAGCCCUCCUGCAUCCAGGCCCUCCCUCGGGGACAGACAGACGCCAGACUCUGGUCAGAGAUCAACAGCCAGCCCUCAGGCGGUCCUUGCCAGCCUCCCCGGAGGUCUCCAGCCUUCCGCAGGCCUCCCUGGCCAUGCUGCUGGCCCUCCUGCAUCUUGAUGCCACCAUCUCUGUUUUCUUUAAGGCUUCAGGCAGCACCCACAGGUCUGGCAGCCAUCUCAGGCACGACUGGGCGCUGAGCUUGCAGUGGAGGCCUUGCCCCAAACAGCCAUUGUUUCUGGGAGCAGCGUGAAGGGCUGGCCUUACAGCCGGCACAGCCAAGGGUGCCUUGCUGCCACCGCUGUUCUCAGAGACCCAGUGGUCAGAUGCUGUGGCCGACGGACUGAGGUGCUGGUGCUGGUGGCGGAGGGGCCAGGACUUCGGGGUUAGGCCUUGGGCUGCUCGGGCUGAAGGUCACUUUUCCUGACACUGUUUCUGCCUAACUCGGCUCCCUCCACUGCAGCAGCAGUGGCUCGGGCCAGGGCCUGAUAGAGUAUUUCCCAGCCCCGAGCUGCCCAUGGGUUGGCUCAGAACUGGACUCAGGCCAGCAUCCUCUGGCCGUCUACCCCACAGUGAGCCUAUCACACUAACUCCUUCCAGCCCUGGGCGAGGGAGGUUUCACAAGUGGCUGACUUGGUUCCGCCCUCUCUCCUACCUCUACUUUCCCCGAGCCCGGGGGCCCCAUGGGCGCAUGCCUUACUGCCCCUGUCUCCGCCAGUCUGUGCCUUAGGACCUGUCAGACCUACCUGAGUAGCACUCCUGGAGUGAGGGGAAGGCCCCCUGCCCUCAUAUCCCCCAGACCCUACCUGAGACCCCUUUUGUGCUGUUCAGGAGCCUUCAGUUAGAACUUGAGCCCAAGUCACUCAGUCUCCACGGGCCUACCCCUGGCACAGCCCCUCCCUUCCCAGCCAAGCUGAUCUUUGUGGUGGGUGGAAUGGAGGGGGGAGGGUCCCAGGAGGUGCCUUGAGCUUGUCAAUCCACUCUUUUUACUACAAAAUCCCUGUGAGGGGCCCAUGCCCUCGAUUAAACCUGACCUGUUUGUUUUCUGCGCA